AUGAACUUAUGGGUCGUCGCGGUCACAUCCGGCACGCUGCUCUCCGCCAUUGUGCUGGCGUUCACCCACCAUCGUCACACGCUGGCCAAGCGGUGCCGGGACACUCUGGCCUGGAUGCUGCGUCUGCUGUGGAGGGGAAGCGUGUGCCCCCGCGGCGUGCACGCCUUCGUCUUCUCCGAGUGCACCCACGGCAAGGCCGAGAGCGUGCUGGAGACCUUUGACCUCUACGCCGACGCGCACCCCUCCGCCUCCAUCGGACCCCAGCUGGGCGAGGCCUUGGACGCCAUCGUCUGGCGUGUCCGCCCCACUCGUGUCCUGGAACUGGGCAUGCAUUGCGGCUACGGCUCCGUUAGCCUGCUGCGUCUGCUGCCCCCUGCUGGUAGGCUGAUCACAGUGGAGCAGGACCCUGAGGUGGCCGACCUCGGGGAGGAAAUCAUCCUGGUGGCCGGAUUCAAACACGCUCAGUUCCAGGUGUUGACAGGUAAGUCCAGCGAGGUCAUCCCCAAGCUGCACUCCUACCUGGAACCCACACAAGGAAGUGGAGGCUUCCACCUGGUGCUGAUGGACCACGACACCAGACUCUACCUCCUGGACCUCCUGGCUCUGGAGAGAGAGGAGCUGCUCCGCCCGUCCGGCUGCUCCGUGGUCAUGAUCUUCAGGAACCACAUGGACAGAAGUCUGGAUGACCUGAAAGAGAUGGUUCGCAGCAGACCAGAUUGUUACCGCAUCAGGUCGCAGCAAGACGGGAUGCUGGAGAUCUUCUUUGAGGAGCAAAGCACCGAGGCAGGCUCCAGUAAAAUGACAGAUUGA